AUGGCUCCUCGACUUAUUUUUGUCAUUGGUGCUACUGGCGCUCAAGGCCUACCUGUAUGCCGUGGACUCACCAAAGAUGGCGCGUACAGCCUGCGUGUUCUGACACGUGAUACAACAUCCGCUCGGGCACGGGAGCUUGCCAAGCUCGGAGACGUCGAGUUCAUUGAAGGCACGUUUGCCAACGAAGCCAGCCUGCGAGAGGGCUUUGCGGGAUGUUGGGGCGCCUUCAUCAACAUUGACGGCUUCAACUGCGGCGAGAAGACCGAGGUCUAUUGGACCAUCCGGACUUACGAACUCGCUGUCGAGCUCGGAAUCAAGUUUUUUGUAUUCGGAAACCUCGACUACGCCUAUAAAAAAGGCGGCUACGACCCAAAGUUCCGAGCCGGGCACUACGAUGGCAAAGGCCGUAUGGGAGAGUGGAUGCUGCAACAGCGGAAGAGCAACAACAUGGGAGUUGCCCUAUUCACCACCGGGCCAUACAUUGAGAUGACGAUUUCGGAAAAGACAAUCAUGACCCCGAGAGUUGAGAACGGGAUUGUCACUUGGAGAGUUCCUCUCGGGGAUGGGGAGGUUGCGCAUGUCGCCCUGGACGAUUGCGAGUACUAUGUCCGUUGGCUCUUUGACCACCCUGAAAGGUCUGACGGGAUGGAUCUGGAGGUUGCCAUUGAUCACAUCCACUACGCCGAUCUAGCCGCAGCAUUCGAAAAGGUUACAGGUAGCCCGGCUCAAUAUAUAGACACUCCUGCGGACGUCUAUUUUGGCCAUGUCCCGUUCUCUCACCAGCCGGCAGGGUACAACGCUGACCCAGCAGACCCAGCAACCAUGUCAUUCAAGGACAACUUCACCGCGUUCUGGAAUAUAUGGGCACACUCCGCAGGCAACAAAGGAGUCAUCAAGCGGAACUACGCGCUUUUGGACGAGAUUCACCCGAAUCGGAUCAGGACAGCGGAGGAAUUCUUCAGGAGAGAAGAAGCGAAGAGGCGAGCCGCUGGGCUUGCUGGUCUCCUUGAAUCCAUCCAAAGCAACGCCCUGACUUCGAUCUUGAAGAUUACCGAAGAUGGCAGGAAGGGACGGUUGUAG